UCCUGCUUGCUGGCCGUUGUCUCAUUGUCUGGCCGCCGGACCAAAUCCGAAAACCCACCGAGUAACUGACAAUCUCGAUCCCCGCAGUCAUCGCGGGAUCGGCCCGUCCUCGCCGGCGACUCAUUCCCGCAACUCACCUGCUCUCAACCGCGAACUCGGCGCCCUGCACGGCCUCCAAGUCGCACGAUGCGGCGGCGCCCACAUCAUACGUGGCUGCGUCUCCGCCUCCGCUUUCGCCGCGCCGACGUGUCAGCUUCCCGUCCACUACAGAGUCCACAUUGUCCUCCUAUUACUUGCUCCGCCGGCAACUAUUAGCCCCUCCCCAGUCGCCACUAAAUCCGCUGCCGUUUCUUCUCGAGUGUGACCAUGGCGGCUCAGGGAUCCCUCGUCAUGUGGAGGGCGGUCUUCGCAGCGCUGGGCUUGCUCAUGGUGGCCACGCUGGUGUACACCUUGGCCACCGACGGCUCGCCGUUCCGCCUUGAGCUGUUUACGCCGUGGAUGGUGGCAACACUGGCUGAUUUUUAUGUUAAUGUUAUUGCAAUCUCGGCUUGGGUUAUCUACAAGGAAGCAAACUGGGUUAGUUCUGCUGUGUGGGUGGUUCUGUUGUUUUGCUUUGGCAGUGCUGUCACUUGCGCUUAUAUUGUUAAGAAACUUCUUGAAGUAACAUCUGCAGGGUCAUCCCAAGAUCCUCUUGACCUUCUAUUUAUCAGGCAAGGUAAUCUAUCCCAAAGAAAGUGCUCUUAUGUUGUAAUUGGAAGGGUUAUUUUCAGCAUUUUGGGGAUAUUCAUGGCUGCGGUUGUCACAUAUACUGUCAUCACUGAUGGACUACCUUUUAGGAAGGAAUUGUUGACACCGUGGAUGGCGGCAACCUUAAUUGAUUUCUACAUAAAUGUCUUUGCGAUAUCGGUCUGGGUUGCUCACAAGGAAUCAUCAUGGAUAUCAACUACCAUUUGGAUUGUCUUGCUGAUAUGCUUUGGAAGCAUCACAACAUGCGGCUACAUUGUCAUCCAACUUUUCAAAGUAUCAUAUCAAGAUCCAAUCUACCACGUGCUAUUGAACUCCCACAGCAAGUAUGGAAUUCCAACUUCACUGUGAUAAUUCAUCUUCUAUGAUCCUGAAGAUCGAGUGAUGGUUUAAUUUUGAAUGACGGACUAGAAGUCAGCAGCUCAGUCUCAGCAUUCAGUUGGGCAGAUUAGCUCAGGGCCAAGCCCUUUGAGAAUGGACCGAGGCCAAGCCUCUUUCAGUUGGGCAGAUUUAGCAAUGAUCAGAUCAGCAACAGGAGGAUCAGGAGGUGAGAGCCCCCUCCAGGGGGCAGGAAAGGAAACAAAAGGUUGUUCUGCCUCGAACAAAAAUUCAAGAAACCAAAGAUCUCUAGAGAAACUCGUAUGGCACUACAAGCAGUAAUACGAACACCGAGAACAUGAGGGGUACAUAUGUAUUUUCAGUGAAGAGGAGCCACAGUUUACUCUGCAGCAGCCCCAAAUCCAGUCUACCCUCUAACAGUCUGGUUGUAUGCACUCUCACCAGCUUGAGGUGACUAGGUAAGGAGGGAUGUUUGGCAACAAUGUUUUUCAAAAUUAUAGUUUUACAAUACUUUGUCAACAA